AUGACCCUCGAUGAUGGCAUUCGCAUCGUCAAGAUCAGCGGCGGCGGUGAAAGUGCUGCUGGCAGUGAAGCAGCCAUCAACCAGACGGACAUUUCGCUGAUCAAGCUGGAGGCCACUCGGGAGCUACUCGAGGCGGAGGUGGACCGCCUCUCCGAAGAAGCGGACGCCCUUCGCGAGGAGGCCCGACAGGCACUGGCCGGCCGAAGCAGAGAGAAGGCGCUGCUGCUGCUGAAGCGGAAGAAACGGCUGGAGGCGAAGAUCACCGCCAAGGACACCGCCAUUGACAACAUCGAGGCCAUCUACCAGCAGGUGCUGGACACGCACUCAGCGACGGCCAUCACCCGCGCCCUCGCCUACGCCAAUACCGUCCUGAAACAACGUUCCGGCGUCGUGCUCUCCGACCUGGAGGACACCAUGACGGCGAUUGAGGAGACGAUGAGCGACGUGGCCGCCCUCAGCUCGGAGAUUAAUCGCCCGCUGGCCACUGGAGGUGACGCUGGAGUGGAGCUGGACGCCGAAGAGGAGCUCGAUCAGAUGCUCAAGGAGUUGGAAUCGGAGAAGAAGGAAGCCGUCAUCCUCGAUCGACUCGACCAGCUGAAGAUUGUCGAUGAGGAGCUAAGCUCAGGAGAGAAGGAGGAAGGCGUUGCUCAGACUCUCAAGAAGCAGCUCGCAGACCUUCAAGCCUAG